AUGUCCGGCUUCUGGGCCUUGGACUCUUCGAUCUUGACCAGCUCCUCUUCCGAGAUGAUUCCGUUCAUCUUGACCCAGUCAAGACCGCUCAAGAACACCCCGUCUGGGUCGUUCUCCCUUCUGAGCUCUCUGAACAAGGUGAGAUCAUCGCCAAACCACUCUUCCAUCUUGUCCUUGAACCCAAUCAUCUCUCCGUCUUUCUUGAAGUUGCUGGCUCCGGUACCAAUAAAGUUCUUGGCCCAGUGCGGUUUACCACCAGCAGCUUCCAUAGUUUCCUCGAAGAUGGCGUACCACUUGCCAAUUGGGACGAACGAAAAGAACGGUCUGUACAUCGUGGCGUUGAUGUAG